AUGAACUCUGACAACACUGACGAUAACAUGAACACUGACAACACUGACGAUAACAUGAACUCUGACAACACUGACGAUAACAGGAACUCUGACAACACUGACGAUAACAUGAACUCUGACAACACUGACGAUAACAUGAACACUGACAACACUGACGAUAACAUGAACACUGACAACACUGACGAUAACAUGAACACUGACAACACUGACGAUAACAUGAACUCUGACAACACUGACGAUAACAUGAACUCUGACAACACUGACGAUAACAUGAACUCUGACAACACUGACGAUAACAUGAACUCUGACAACACUGACGAUAACAUGAACUCUGACGAUAACAUGAACUCUGACCAACACUGA